AUGCGAAACAACCUGGCGGAGAAAAAUGACCUGCUGGAGGUCCACCCCAACGGCAAUGGGACCACCAACGGACCCGGAAACGAGUUUUCCGCGUCGUCACGAACCUCGUCCAUACAGUCGUUCCUGGGCAACUACGAAAUGCCCCAGGUCGAGCCCCACAAGGCUGCCGGAAACAAGUCCACAGACCACUACAAGAGCAGAAUGUCGCCGUGGAGAUACAGAAUGCGGUCGGCCAUGCUGCCGCUGAUCCGGUGGGAAACCCCCUACCUGGCCCAGAUCCAAAAGUCGUCUCGAAACAUCUGGCUGGACGUCUACUUUGCAAUGACCGCCAACCUGGGAACCCACACCUUCUACGUCAUCAUGCUGCCGGUUCUCUUCUGGUUUGGCCAGGCUGACAUGGCCCGGGGUCUCGUGUUUGUGCUGGCCUACGGAGUCUACGUGUCUGGAGUCAUCAAGGACCUGCUGUGUCUGCCCCGUCCCCUGUCCCCUCCUCUCCAUCGAAUCACAAUGUCCGGAUCGGCCGCCCUGGAAUACGGUUUCCCCUCCACCCACACCACUAACGCUGUUUCCGUGACCCUUCUUUUCCUCCAGAAACUCUACGAGUGCAAAGACAACCUGUCGUCCUUCUCUUUUGAGUCUCUCCGGGCCCUGUGUGUGCUCUAUGGAGCCUCCAUCAUCUGUGGACGAAUUUACUGCGGCAUGCACGGCUUCCUCGACGUCAUUUCGGGCUUUCUUCUGGGAGCUCUUCUGUGGUGGAUCCGGUUUGCCUUUGGAGACCUCAUGGACGCCACCACCACUGCCGAGGCUCCCUAUGCGCUGUUGGCCAUUCCCCUGGCGCUCCUGCUGGUACGAGUCCACCCCGAACCUGUGGACUCGUGUCCCUGUUUCGAUGACGGAGUGGCCUUCAUGGGAGUCAUCAUGGGCCAGGAUGUCGGUAUCUGGCUCUUUGGAAAAACACAGUACGCGACGUCUGUCCCCCUGCGAGGAGCUAUUGCCUACAACUUCCAGGACAUUGGCAUCAUCAAGUCUUUUCUGCGAGUCGUUGUCGGCAUCAUGCUGGUUCUGGUGUGGCGAGCUGUCGCCAAGCCCAUGAUGCACACCUACUUGCCUCCAUUCUUCCGAAUCAUUGAGCGAGUAGGUCUGUCCAUGCCACGACGUUUCUUCCUGUCUGCUUCCGAGUACAAGGAUGUUCCUGGCCAGAUUCCCGACUCCACCCUGAUCGAGCCCCACGAGAUUCCCUCUCUGAUCCACAAGCUGGGCCACGCUCGAAAGGAUUCUGUUGGUCCCCAGUCCACUGCCGAUGUUAUUGAGUCCAUUGCCUACGCCGAGUACCAGCGUCAGCGACAGGACAAGAAGCUGGGUGUGGACGAUGAUGCUCCUUACCCCGACGCCGAGGGUGUCAGCUACCGAGGAGACAAGACCUCAAAGAUGGACGAGAAGUGUGGCCACUCGCACGGACAUGAUCAGGACGCCGAGGACGAACUUUUUGCCUCCAUUCAGCCUCCUCGAGUCCGAUACGAUGUCGAGGUAGUUACCAAGCUCAUUGUCUACUCUGGUAUCGGCUGUCUGGUCAUGUUCUGCGGCGUUGUGUUCCAGGUUGUGGGUCUGGGAGUCACCGCCGAGCACCUGACACAUACUGCUGCCAAGGUUGUCGGUGAAGCCACUGAAAAGAUUCUCUAA